UGAUAGACGAAACGUAUUGUAGAUAUAGCAACAUUUUGAAUAAAUAUUUUGAUAAUUGACAAGAAGAAAAAGAAUAUCACAGUUGAAGACUGAGCAAUUAAAUUAUUCUACCUAUGUCGAAUUGUGAAUGAAUGAAAAUGUAAAAACUUGUGAAGAAAAUUGCAGUUGAACGGAAAGAAAGACAUAAAAUCGAGUGGAAUAUUCACAUAUUACGUUAACAACAAAGUCCUCAAGUAUUUUUAGGCGAAGUCUCGUGGGUUCUUACACUGCCUUCCUUGGUGCUUACUGUUUCCGACAUUUGAACCAAUAAAACGCCUCCCUGUAAUCAAAUGCAAAAAGAGUGUGUAUCAUAAAAGAAAGAAUUUCCGGACUAAAUAAGAUUCGUGCGUUUUAUGAUCGAGCAAAUCAAUCCUAAUAUCAUCAAUCAACGAAGACUAAAGAAAGGUCACCGUUUCUGAUUGCUGUUAGUAAAACGACAUUUGCUUAAAACUGAUCCCUUUGUACGUAACACAACGUUUUGGCUGCUCAUUGUACAACGCUGCUCGAGAAAAGUUAAAAAUCAAGCCUGACCAAAGUGAGAAGCGAAGAAACUAAAAUAAAAACAACGAAAUGGAUAUGAAACAAGGAAUAUCUUUAAGUCAACCAGAUUUAAUAGUAACGAACACAAAACUCCACGAAGCCAUAUCGAAGACGGUGAAUCAAGUCAUCGAAAAGACGGACCUGAGCCUGCAACAUGCCAAUUCCGAAGGCAGCAGUUUCUCGCGAGAGCAAGGUACAGAUCAUGUUAAACGCCCUAUGAACGCCUUCAUGGUGUACGCACGCGCAGCUCGCAAAGAGCUCGCUCUUCAGUAUCCGAACUUAAGUUACAGAAAGCUGAGCAAGAUUCUUGGACAAUUGUGGAAAAUGUUAGAUGAUAAGGAAAAGCAGCCAUUUAUAGAGGAAGCUGAGAGACUUAGGCGAAAACAUCGUUCUGAGCAUCCAGACUACAAAUACCAACCGAAAAAGAAAGCUAAAAAGCCGCGCGGAGAGAGCGAGGAAAGUCACAUUCAGAUAAGAAAUCCAGCAUUGAAAAACGACAUGUCCCGAAAGAUAGGCGAAACUUUACGAAUGAAUUCAACCCACGAUUCCCAUUAUGCCGCACCAUCUUGGCAUUACACGUCCGGGGGGGUUCUGCCAAUGAAACAAGAAGCCUAUUGCUCCAUUCCUGACUUUUCCACCCCACCUGGAAUAAGUCAAUAUCUCAGCGCAACCGACAAUCUAGACAACACAAGGCUGUUUGCUAAUGUUCUGGGUGAACCAUCACAGCCACGUGGUCGUUAUGAGGAUUCAAGGAAGAAUCUAAUUUCCAACAUGACCAGUACUGGUAGCGUACGAGAUACCACCCCCCGGUUGAUAAACCAAUACAACCUUCUACAAAGACCAUUGUCUGGAGUGGUAAGACCAGACUUUCCUAAGGGAUUGGCAUAUUUCCCAGGCAGUAUGUUUCAAAAAGCUACGAGUGGUUUGUUUGAAGGCGAACAACCACAGACAUCUUAUUCAACAAAUGUUGAUAGACUCGUACCAGUCUCCUCAAGUGGAGCAUCAAGAAGAGAGUUCUUUUUACGAGUAUAACAAUUUCGAUCGUUAGUUAAAUUCUCAUGAAGCAGACACAGGACUGCAGAAACCUUAAUAACAAUGUGUGGAAAAUAUAUAGCAAACAUAAAUGUGAAAAACGGUUUUAUUGAUAAUAACGAAACAAUUCGAUACAGCAGCACAUGAAAGACAAAUUUUAAUGCAAAACUUGUUGCGAUUAUAGUAAAGUGGAUCUAUUGCAAAACAUUGUGAUGUGUGUCUUGAAUAUUAAAAGAAUGCUCAGUUUCAAUUUUAUUAUAAACUUUUGAAAAAUUAGUUCUUAAAGUGUAGAAGCUAUAGAGUGAACAAUUUUUCAACGUUUUUUAUUCAAGAAUUGAGUCAAUGCAAACCUUAGCGAUUGUUUCCGAUUGAAACACAUUUUAUGCAUUUAUUGGUUUCACUCCAGAAAAUUUAAUUGCAUUAAAAAUGAAAGACAUAAAAAAGAGAACGUUUGUAAAUGCAUAAUUACGCUGACACAAACUUCAUCUUCUCAUGGUCAAUAUCAAUAUUUAUGUCGAAAGGAAACAGUUGACUUGACUAUACUAGAAAUAUACCACAGUCAUGCUCUUUCAACUUCAAUUAUUGAGUAGCAAAUAUAUUCUUUUUAUAUUGUGAAAGAAAGCAUAUUUAUGUAAAUAGAAAUUUCCUUGUCCUUUGUAACAAUUCUUAUUUAUAAUAAAAUCCAAAAAAUCUAUUCACGAUAAUAAUAAA